CCAUGUAAGCGGCGCCGCCGCUCGCACCCCAGUUGCGGUGCAGCGGCCGUCGCUGGGGGAAGCACCCGGUACCUAGCGGCCCACGAACCUCGCUUCCCAUGGCGGUCACGAUGCUGGACCGCGAGCGCGGCUGGAGCGUCUCCUUCGCCGGCUGCGGCUUCCUGGGCGUCUACCACAUCGGCGCCGCCACCUGCCUGCAGGAGCGAGCCCCUCACAUCAUCCGCGACGCCCGGCACAUUUACGGUGCCUCCGCCGGCGCGCUCGCUGGCGCCGUGCUCAUCGGAGGCGGCUCCCUGGCACAAGCUUGUGCAGAUGUCCUGGCAUUAGCCAAAGAAGCUAGAAAGCGGAAUCUUGGUCCUCUUCAUCCUUCCUUUAAUAUAAUAAAGAUAAUAAGAGAUGGACUGAUAAGAAAUCUUCCAGAAAACACUCACCAGUUGUCAUCGGGCAGACUGUGUGUUUCACUAACCAGAGUAUCAGAUGGUAAAAAUGCAUUGAUAUCUAAUUUUAACUCUAAAGAAGAAGUUGUCCAGGCUUUAAUCUGUAGUUCAUUUGUCCCUAUUUAUUGUGGCCUAAUUCCACCGUCAUUUAGAGGUGUGCGCUAUGUGGAUGGAGGAAUCAGUGACAACUUGCCUCACUAUGAAUCUAAGAACACCAUCACAGUUUCGCCUUUCACUGGGGAGUGUGAUAUCUGUCCAAAGGGGAAUUCUGCCAACUUUCAUGAGAUGAAUGUGACCAACACUAGCAUUCAGUUGAGUAUGGGGAACUUAUAUCGUUUAACACAAGCGCUCUUUCCACCAGAACCUAAGGUACUAGGAGAGAUAUGUGAGCAAGGAUAUUCAGAUGCUCUUAAAUUCUUGAAAGAGAAUGGUAUUCUGAAUGACUCGAUUUAUAUCCACUUGUCCUUCACAAAAAGAAAUUCUCAUGAGGCUGCACAUCAUGCUGACUAUAUGGAGAUAAGAAAUUUGUCAGAAAAUAGAGUAGAAACUUUGAAAACGGAAGUACGUAAUGACCAGCUGAAGCAAAAUCCAUGGCCUUUGGAGCAGAGCAUAUUUGAGAGUCUACCUCCUAGGCUUCGUAAAGCACUGCAAGAAGCCUGUAAAGAGCAGAAUGGAUUCUAUGCUCAGUUCUCUAAGCUUUUCCCGAUGCGGGUAAUAUCCUAUCUGAUGCUCCCGUAUACACUACCAGUGGAGUCUGCUUACUCUGUUGCUUUGAGGUUAGUGAACUGGUUUCCUGACAUGCCUGCUGAUGUUCGCUGGAUGCAAGAACAGCUUUGUCGCAUUGCUGCUACAGUUUACUCCCAGGCUAAAAGCAAGCUGUUCUGUAUAUCCAGGAAAGACAAGUAUGCAUCACUAAGAAAAUGUAAAACUGUCCCAUCUACUAUGGAAUUUAAUUCUUCAUACUGCCACCUUAAAAUGCCUCACUCUUCUGUAGACCUUGAAACCUGGCUUUGGGAAUCUUCACGGUUCAUGCACUCAGCUAUGAAAAAUGCUUCUGCUAACAUACAAGAUCAUUCAGAAUUAAACUCCUAUCCUAAUUUUCUCCCAAAUCCUGAUGCGUCUGGCUUGGAAAUAGAUUUUGACUCUUCCUCAGAGGCAAGCUUCCAAACUGCCCCAGAGUAUUAAUUUCAAAUAGAUUCCAGAGUUUCCAAAAUUCCAGUUUGGCAGAGAAAUUUAAUUCCUAAAGGACUAAAGAUCACUUUAUUGCCAAUAAGUCUUGGAAAAUUAUUUGUUUACAGCUUUCUGACAAAUCUGCCUUGGGAAUUUUAUAAAAACAGUGGCUGCUAAUGCUGAGUAACACUACAAUUCUCUUGAAGCACCAGCUCAAUCAACUGUAGCAAGACUUGUAGUAAACCAUGUCUCUCUGCAAAGAAAAAUCUACUUUUGGAAUAAAAAUGUAACAAGCAUUGAUCAUACAAGCUUUUGAAAAAUAUAAUUCUUAACAAUAUGAAAGUGGACUUUUACUUCAUAAAGGGAAAUACACAAAUGAGCUCUUUAGUGGCCUUUUAGUGUCAUUUGCCUUAUGUUUAAAUAUACUGUGGUGUUUAUGGAAAAGAUACCUGCACGAGAUACUGUAGGAACAGUACUGGUCUAGGUGAUUAUAUGUAUUCCACAGUUCAUAUUACUUCUCUGUGUCUCUUCUUACCUCCAAAUACUUCAAGGGGAAAAGACAUAAGAAACAGGACACGUUCCCCUGAAGUGUAAACAGGUACAGUUUCUACAGUUUCUAUGAUGUUGGAGGACAUUUUUUUUUUUUUUGUACUUAAUAAGGACGUAGUACUUGACUAAGUAUUGAGAACUAGUGACUGAUUAGUAGCAAAGAGUUUGAGAAAGUGUUAAACUUUUACAGAUGUUUAAAAAAUGAACAUAUAACAAGUGGAGAAUGAUGUUUAAAUCUUCUCACUAAUUGCUGCCUCAUUGUUCUCCAUCAUUCGUUCCCCAUAACUUGAGAGAACUUUCUUGCCUUCCUUCACUUCCUGCUAAAGAAGGGAAGAAAAAAGGGGUCACUGCUUUCUCAGUAAGGUGUGAUAACAUAAAGAAUUUUUUUAAGGUGGAUUGCUGGAAGAAGCAAAUGUGGAAGAUUUAGUGGAAGUAUCAGUAUUCAGGGAGCUGUGAUAAGGUCUCAAGUAAUGGGUUGGAAGUCAGCCAGAUCAUAGCUGCAUUGAGCAAUGAGCAUUUUAAACACCUUCCACUGCAAAGAUUCUGCAUAAUUUUAAUAAAGACAAUGUAUUAGUGUAUGAGUACAUCAGGAGAAGUAAAUAACUGUUGGAAUUAAUGGAGAUAUCUGAUGUUUUGUUACGUCUUCGUGUGCUUUUAAGUAGAAGGAAAUAGUGAUGGUUUCAAAGUUGAGUUUGUGCAUGUGUUUAGAGGCCAGGUGUGUAACACUUGGAAACUCCUCAUUCCACAAUGCAAAUUCUGUCAACUAAUGUGCAGCCGAGGGAAGGGGCUGUGGAUGCUCACUGAGAGUAUCUUAUGUGAGGAGAAAUAAUGAGACUGUGAGGCUCAGAAGAGGGAACUUUGGAGCGUGAACUUCAGUAUCUGGAAGUCUGUCAAAUAACAAAAAGUAGAAUUCCUGAAUUGGACCAGCCUUGAAGCAGUUCCCCAGUUGUGAUUUGUCUAAGCUUGAAGUGCUGAAUUUCACAUUAAAAUUGAUUUUAGAAUGGUGGGAGAUAGGGGAGAAAUUGUCAAGCUAUCCAUUUCCACGCUAUAGAAGACCGGUGCUACUUUAACUCUUCUGCUCAUUUCUUCUGUGUAUAUAUCUUUAGAAUUUGCAAGAAAAGUUGGAAAUUUUACUCUAACUACAGCUAAAAGAUACAAGACUUGAUUUAUAUUGUCUUUAUUUAUAACUUUAAACUUUCUAUAAUUUAAUUUUAUAAUGUUCUGCAAAAAGUUAGUUUUACCAGUAUGUGUUAGAAUUUGAGCAGGAAUGCCAAGUUGUGCUUCCUUUCUGUGUAUUGGAGUAGUUCUAAUAACCACAUUUAAAUCAAAUUUAACCACUUCUUCCAUUGUGCACAGCUCUGAUUUUGUCUCUUUUUUUUCUAAAAUAAAAAGACAAUCUCUUCUGUU